UGCCAAAAGUCUCAUCUGACACCGUCUAAGCGCAAAUUGAGGAUGACCGAACAGAAGACAGUCGAAGUAGAUUUGAAAUCCGCGAAAUUUUCCAGUUUUUCCAUCGACGCGCUUUUGUCAAAAAAGAGUGAAGACGAUUUGAAAAUUGUGGAAGCUUCAGGGGAAGUCGGAGGAAAUGAAAAUGCGGAGGAGAUGCACAAAAUCCAAAAAUUGGUUAACGUACAAGACAGUGGGCUUAACUUUUUUGGGGGUAGUGAUUGUGUGAUGGGUGGUGUGAGUGGAAAGGGAUCUGACGAUUACGAAAGAAUGGAUGAUAACGUUGUGUCUACUUCUGAUGAAUUCUUCCACUGUUCAAGAAGCCGAGAAGAAGAUAGCCGUUUCGACGACGAUAAAAAGAAAAGACCUAGAACAGCCUUCACUGGUGCUCAAAUAAAAGCGUUGGAAGCGGAAUUCGAAAAAAACAAGUAUCUUUCAGUCGCGAAACGUUGCCAAUUGUCCAAAACUCUAAAAUUGACGGAAACUCAGAUAAAAAUAUGGUUUCAAAACAGAAGGACGAAAUGGAAAAGAAAAUACACCAACGACAUCGAAAUCCUGGCACAGCAAUAUUAUUCUUCCAUGGGCAUUUUGACCCCCAGACCUAUUUUCAUAGGUGACAGACUUUGGUUCUUCAACUACCCAGGAAGGCCAGGAUUGUCCAGUGUUCCUCCAAUGGCGCCCAAUAUGCCUCCAACAGGUGGUCCUUUCAUUCCCCCUCAAGAAGUCAUGAACCAGUCGAUUCCAAUUCAUCGAAAUGAGUACAAUACCCCCAGUUAUAUUCAGUAUCAUGAACCUACACCUACCCCCGAAGGCGCGAUGACUUCGUCACCUAUCCUACAACUACAAAAUUUCGGGAAACACUUUGAGGCCUCGUAGUCUAGUCAGUUUUGGAAAAGAAACAAAAAAACGAAGAAAUAGGAACUAUAUUAAAUGUUGUUGUUUCAUCGAAUAUUGUGAUCUCUAAGAACGGUAUCGAAAUAGAUAUUUUUCUAACAAGUGCUUUAUAUACUUUCCCGCGAGUUUCUACUACAGUUUUAUGAUUAUCUUUCUAUUUAAGAUUGAAUGCACAUUGUUAAGUUAAGCCUUUGGGAUUGUACGAUAAUCCUGUUGUAUUUUUUCUCAAUGAGUUCAUUUUAUAUCUAAUAUUACGCUAAGGAGGAUCAAUAUUGACAUAUAUUCACCAAAUUUUUGAUUAUUCUCAAAUAAUGUAGUCAUAAAAGCUAACAAACAACAAGAUUCCUUAAAAAUUUCACAGCCUACUCGAAGACGAAUAUUUUGGAAAA